AAAAGAGCCGAACUGCGGUUUAAACCCGUCCGUUCGGAUUUGGGUAAACAGAGACACCUCGUGGACAAAUAGCGCUACUGCACCAGCAUACAGUCAAUCCGACGAACGGAGCCACCUAGCGGACAGGAUGUUCCUGUUUUCACUCGAGAGUGAAAAUGAAACAACGGUUUCUUUAGUUGUGAGUGGGUAUAGCAACGCAAAGCGUGGCUGGAGAAAAGGCGGCAAAGAGCGGGCUGCGAUGUUUACUGGCUUCCAUGGCUACAAAGAUGGCGGACAGCCGCAGGACGGUGGUCGUGUCCGGUGUUCCCACGGUGCUGGACUUCAGCAGGAUGGUCGACAAGUUGACUGUCCACUUUCAGAGCCGCAGGAGAAGUCACGGAGGGGACGUGGAAGUCGUGAAAUACCCCACGAACAUGGGCGGAGUAGCUUUUGUGACUUUUGACAAAGCUGAAGAUGCAAAACGAGUCGUGAGAAAGGAGCAGCAACUCAUGAUGGACGAGGAGUUUACUCAAAGCUACGCUCUCACUGUGUUUCCCUUCAGCACUGAUGUGUUUCUGUACGUGGCUGGAGCUACAGUGGAUCUCUCCGUUUUCGGCAGCGAUCAAGUCUCUCUCAUCAAAAGUCUGCAAUCAGCUCACAGAUCAAUCCGCUUCCAAGCGUCGCCCCAGCAGAGGAAGGCCUCCAUAGAGGGUCCCUUCUCUGCAGUUCAAGCCUUGAAAGAGGACCUCAUUCGCAGGGCCAGCCAUCUCAGACCCUCGUCCCAAACCGCAGUCGGUAAACCCAGAGCCAGCUCUCCUCAUCCUAGACUAGCAUCCGAGUAUAACCCAAGAAGCACAGAAGCAAACAGGGAAGCAGCAAACUCCAGCAGCUUAUCAAAGUCACCUCGCAGUACCAGAGAAGCAAGAGAAGUCCAAAGCCUGAUCUCAAAAGCAGAAACUCCAAAAGCUUCCUUGAGGCAGAAAGUGUCUAAUGAGAGUUUGGCUGGAGGGAGCUUCAGACAAGCCGUUGGGAAGGAAAUAAACACACGACUUGUCUCCUCAUCAGGGCUCGCAUGGUUCCCCAUGGAGGAGACAUUCACUAAACAACAAAGAGAUUAUAGGAGUCCACAACAACCCAGCAGGUCGGACAAGAUCCCUGCCAUCCAGACCGGAGCUAAUUAUUGGGAUGAUCCCAGCAGCCUGAUUAGGAACAGUAAGUUCCCUCAGAAUGACCUGAGAAAAGGUGCAACUCCCUCAACAAGCAACACAGGGGCUUCGGAAGUCACUUUGGCUGAUUUACACACAUUCAGGUACAUAGAAAAAUUUUGCAAGAUGGAGUUAGACUGGUGCUUGAAGGAUGUUGACAUGACUACCAAGGAAGUAGAAGGAGCUGGAGUUAUGCAAAUAUUGCUGAGUGAGAAACAAACAUCUGGAGCUUCAUCAAGAACCCUCAAAGACACUUUGAGAUACCUGGAGAAUAUGAUCAGCCUUUGGCACUCUCAACUGAGAGUUCAGGACCUCUCCUACAACAAAACAAAGUUUUUUGACAAGCAGAAACUGAUUGAGAUCUGCAACGAUGUGAACUCCUGGUAUGGUAACGUUCUGUAUGUGUUGGAGGAUUCCUGCAUUAAAGUGAUCGGCCCUUACACAAAGAUGCUCCUGUUCAUUAAGGAGCUGGAGGACAGGUUGGACAAAUACACGCUGGUGAAGCCUGUGAUAGGCAAAAUCAGGAGAUAAAAUCACAUAAGUGACCACAAGGGGGAGCUGUUGGGCCUGACAAAACAUUUUCUUGCACUGAAAUUAGCAAUUACAUUCCUGUUUUUACAACAAAACAAAAAAGGCUUUAGUUUUAGUUAACUUUAGCUUUCUGUAAUGUGUUUUGCAUAAAUUACUGCUCUAUUACAGCAGACAAACUUCUCAUUAAAACCUAAAAAGGUGACAGAUGACAACCUGCCUGAUGUAAUCAGGUUACUUCAACUUCUCUCAAUAAACUCAUGCAGGAUUUUUGAUUGCUCUGUCACCAACAAUAAAACAUUGACAUCUGUGAUCAA